AUUUAUAUCUUUGAAGUCUGAUGUCUGAUAAUAACACACUCCCUGCGUCACAUACUUGGAACGCAAAAUUGGUGCUUUUAGGAAUAACAAUUUUCGAAUGAAUUCCAAUUAACGGCUGGUUAAGCCAGGCAUCCUCCCUCCUCAGGGCAAGAUGGUCCUUCCGCAGUACACGUUCGCCGCCUUGGCACUCGGAGCCAUCGCCGCGAUCGCUGUCACCCUGUAUGCUACAUUCAACGGGACGGCACCAAAUCGCUACAGGCAGAGGGACAGGUCCUCAGGGAACGGCUCAAAUACCUCCAGCCGACACAGGCAGAGGAAAUGUGAAGUGUGCCAGAAGAGAGGCGAGAUGUUGACUUUGCCCUGCACCCAUACAUAUCACAAGGCCUGCCUCAUGAACCUGCAUGGAGAUGACAUGGCUCCGGAGUGUCCUGAGGUGUGCGUUGUUUGUUGGGAACCGAUCAAGAAAGAAGACCGAGCCGAAAUCGAAAACAAGAGGAGCGAGGAGUGCAGCAUUUGCCUUGACGACAUCAUCAAGAAAAGCUUAGUUCUUGAAUGUGGUCAUGAGUUUCACAUUAUAUGCGCCAAGAGAUUGAUUCAGUUCCCGGACAGGAAAUGCCCUAACUGUAGGAUCCCUCUUUCUGCCCCGGAUCUGCGCAACAUUGUUACUUCAAGUUAAAAUCAAUUGCUUUAUUAUUUAUUUUGUAAAGAUUUUUUAGCAAUAAUGUUAAAGCAGUUAUCUAUUAAGAUUGUGAUAAUUUUUACUUAGACUGUUUGGAAUGAUUGGAAGAGUGGAAGAUUUAUCGUGAUAGCCUCUUGAAAUGUUCUCUCAGUUUCGUUAGUGAAGAUGGUCAGUUUGUCAGUUUCAAGUUAUUUUAAUGCCUUUAAUGAUUAGUUCUUAACCACCCUGCUUUUUACGUUUACAAUAAUUACUGUUUUUUCUCUUACAAUUAGUCUUAUACGGAUGAAUAUUAGAAUGUUUGAGGAAAAAUUUAUCACUCUGCAGCUUUCAAAUUUUGUAAUAUAUAUUAUGCUGGAUUAAUUAUUGUUGUCAUGACAGAAUAAUGAUGUGAUAUCGAUUAUUUUGAUAGUAAUUUGUAGCUGAGGCAAGCGGCCUUUAGAAUUUGACAGGAGAAACAUAUACACGCUAUAUAUAACUAUAUACUAGAUGACUUGAAUCCAAAAAUGAUUGCUAAUAAAAAUGCUCACUUAAA